AUGUGCAUCUUCAUGUACAUUAAAUUCUUUGGACAGACACUGUCUGUUGCUCUUGAUCCACAGACGAUCUCACAGGUCAGUAGCAGAAACCAGCUGCUGGAGGUCGAGCAGGACGACGCCACACGACUCGUUAACUUCUACCAGACCAAAGAGACAAGUCUGACUGAAGAGAGAGACAGCCUUCUUCUCACAGUGAACAGUUUGCAGCAGACUCUGCAGGAGCAGUGCAACCUCAGAGUGGAGAACCAGAGACUGAAGAGGGACGUGGUCGACCUGAAGCGACAGAACGAGAGAACAGUGGAGGAUGGAGAGGCUGAGGUUCAGCAGCUGCUCGGUGUCAUGCUCACGAAGGAGGAGAGACACAAGAGGGAGCUAGAGGCUGUGAGGCAGCAGAGCAGGAGGGAGGCGGAGCUCGCGCAGAGGGAGGGUUACAGUCAGGUUGAAGCCAAAGAAGCUGAAGUGAAGAACCUUCUGGAGAAGAAGGACCUGCACCUGGAGGAGAUGAAGAAGAGGCUGAAGGAUCAGGAGCGAGAGAGGCAGAGCGAGCUCCUCAAGUUACAGAUGGAGUUUGGUGCGAAGUUAGCCAGAGUUCAGAGCUCCGCCCAGUGGAGGGAGCAGCAGCAGCAGCAGCAGCAAGGCUCCAGCCUCCUUCCCCAGAGCGUCUUCAAGAGGAAGCUGCAGUUCAUCCAAGAGGAGAAGAACAAGGAGAUUGGGUUCCUGCGUCAGAGAAUCAAGGAGCUGGAGGAGAGCCAGCGCUGCAGCAGUGUCAGCGACAGCCGCCUGAAGAGGAGGAAGAUCUAGAUUGUGUCAAGGCCAGCGACGUUAACAAGCUCCAGACUCACUGGAGACACAAGUAACUCAACCAGUUCAGACUUUAUAGUUCAUUAGUUUCAUUUUGAAAGCACAAACUGUAGAGAUCCCACUGCUUCUGAUGCACAGCCGUCCCUCACCAGAGCUGCUGCUUCACAGGUGAGCCGUGUGCAGAGAACACGUUCAGACAGUUUACCUGCUUAAGGCUUUAAUCCAAUCAGACGGCUGCAGGGAGGCGACGCAGAGGAAGCAGGAAGUAGCUGGAAGUCCAGGAUCGUUCAGGGAAUUUAACCUAUUUGAAUUCUUUCAAUUAAAGACAAACUAAUCAUUUAACUCCGACUCAGGCUCCUCAAAGUCAAACUCUUCUUUCACUGAUGUGGACAAUCUCUGCAAUGAUCAGAGUAUUUAUUGUAUUGUAUGAGUUAUUUACAUUCAUAUAUUUAUAAUUUUAGAACAUGCAUGGUGUUGUCAUUCUGAACAGUGAUACUCCAGCUUUAUUGUUUUGAGCUGAACUCUGAAAGCCUGUGUUGAUAUUUGAUGGUUUAUUAAACUGGAGCAAUGUGAAGUUGA